AUGGAAUUCUUGGUUAUCGAAGCUGUAGUGGGCGUUAUGAUCUUGCGGUACCUUUUUGAAACAUAUCUAGACCUGAGGCAAUAUGCAGUACUAAAACUGCCAACGCUUCCACUGAUUUCCCAAGGCGCGAUAAGCCCGGAAAGGUUCAGGAAGUUCAGAGCUCAUAGUAUUGAUAAAAGCCGUCUCUACUUUGUUCAUGAAUUUGCAACCACACUGGUGGACUGCAUGAUAUUGCUGCAUAAUAUACUGCCUUGGCUGUGGAAGAGGUCAGGAAGUUUGGUGUUGUGUAUUGGUCUAAAUGCAGAGAAUGAAAUCCUUCACUCCCUUUCAUUCUUAGCAGCCAUGACCUUGUUGUCUCAGAUUUUUGAAUUUCCAUUUUCUCUGUACUCCACCUUUGUAAUUGAAGCCCGCCAUGGUUCCAAUGAAAAAACAAUAGGGCAAUUCUUAAAGGAGUGGUUACUAGGACAAUGCACUAGUUUGCUACUUGGAGCUCCAAUUGUUGCUGCAGCUAUAGGAAUAGUACAGAAUGGAGGUUCCUACUUGGUUAUCUACUUUUGGUUAUUUUCACUCCUUGGUUCUGUUGCAACAACAACUCUGUAUCCUCGUUUUAUAGCUCCUCUUUUCAACAAGUUCACCCCACUUCCAAAUGGGGAGCUCAGAAGGAAAAUUGUGAAUCUGGCAGCCUCCCUAAAUUUUCCAUUGGAAAAGAUAUUUGUUGAGGAUGGAUCCGGGAGGACAACACACAGCCAUGCAUAUAUGUUUGGAGUUCAAAAGAAGAACAUCGUCCUCAAUGACACAUUAUUUAAGCAGUGCAGGGACACAGAUGAAAUUACUGCAAUAAUUGCCCACGAAAUGGGACACUGGAAACUCAAUCAUACAGUUUAUGCAUUUGUGGCAAUGCAGGUACCAGUACUCCUGCAAUUAGGAUUAUUUUUCUUCGUGAGGCAGUCAAAUGCUUUGUUUCAAAUGUUUGGAUUUGAUACACAGCCUGUAGUUAUUGGGUUCUACAUCUAUCAGCACAUUGUGAUGCCUGUCCAACGCCUUCUUGAAUUCUACAUGAAUCUUUUAAGCAGAUCAUCUGAAUUUAAGGCUGACUCUUUUGCCAAGAACUUAGGUUACGGAAGAGCACUCCGAGCAGGUCUUAUAAAACUUCAGGACUGUAACCUGUCAGUUGUGAACACAGAUCCAUGGUACUCAGCUUAUCGUUAUUCUCAUCCCCCGCUUGUUGAAAGAUUGAAUGCACUUGACGAAUCAAUGAAGAAGUCAAGUUGA